AUGGUGAGCGUGCUACCGCUGCUGAUCGCGUUGGUGGCGGCUACUGAUUGCUGUUACCUGUUCCCUAGUGACGUACCGGAUCCGUGCCGGGGUGUAACUUGCGGCCCUGGGGCGUUAUGUCAACCAAGUCCCGAUGGCCGAUCCUACAAUUGCAAGUGCCCGACUUCUUGCCCAAGCUACGGGGAUCACGAGGGUUCCCGGCCACUAUGCGCUAGUGACGCUCGCGACUACCCUGGAGAAUGUGAGAUGCGUAGAGCUGCUUGCGAAUCUAACACUAACAUCACUUUCAAGUAUUAUGGUAAAUGUGAUCCGUGCGCUGGAAUAGCCUGCCCAGACCCUGAAGUGUGUCAGCUAGACGACCAUCGUGCUCCAUCGUGUCGCUGUGCUGAGCCGUGUUCCCUCGAGUUUUCUCCUGUUUGCGCCUCCGACGGAAAGACCUAUUCAAACGAGUGUCAGAUGCAUCGAGAGUCUUGUCGUGCCAGAAAGCAACUUAAGAUUGUGUUUAAAGGACAGUGUAGUUCCGGUGUAAAUCCGUGUGCGGAAGUGGAAUGUCGUCAUGGGGCUGAAUGUCGGGUCGAGGGCGGAGGCGCCGUAUGUGCUUGUCCACCUGUCUGUGAGCCCGUGCUGAGGCCGGUUUGUGGCUCCGACUCGAGGACACAUGAUAGCGAGUGUGAACUACGACGCGCUGCCUGUCUGUUAGGACGGGAACUGAGAGUACUGCAUGCUGGAGCCUGUGGUUCAAACGGCGUGUGCGCCGACCGUGUAUGUCCUCACGGCGGAGAGUGUGUUGCCACAGGCGCUCGCGGCAUCUGCCGCUGUCCAAGGUGUUCUAACGAGUUCGCACCCGUAUGUGGCUCCGAUGGUAUAUCUUACGGCAACAGAUGUAAACUGCAGUUAGAAGCCUGCCGGCAUAGAAGAGACGUACAAGUGUUGUACGACGGACCUUGUAACGGGUGUGAGAACAAAAAGUGCGAAUUCUACGCAGUUUGCGAAAGCGACGGCAUUUCUGAAGCCAGCUGCGUCUGCCCCAAACACUGUGAGGAAGGCACGGAGACAGAAGAAGUUUGCGGUGCAGACAAUAAGACUUAUAGCAGCGUAUGUUCUUUACGAGACACCGCUUGCAAGGAGAAGAGGAGGCUGCAUAUCAAGCAUAUGGGAUCGUGUGAAUCGUGCGCACGCGUGGUGUGCGAGGCGGGCACGUGGUGCGCUCGGGGCGCGUGCGGCUGCUCGGCGGCGUGCGCGGAGGGCGCGCGCGCGCCGGUGUGCGCCGAGGGCCGGCGCACCUUCCCCAGCCACUGCGCGCUGCGCCGCGCCGCCUGCGAGGCGCGAGCGCGCGGCGAUCCGCCCCCGGCACUCGCCUACUACGGGGACUGCACCAACGACGACGAUAAUACCACAGAUGUGAACAAAUCAGCUCAACUGACUGAUUUGAGUAACGAGGUUCGCUCGGGGGAUGACAACGCUGAGAACGCAAGCGAGACCGUGGCAGGCACCGCAGUGUGCGCCCGUGUGCAGUGCGCCUAUGAAGCCACGUGCGCCGUUGAUUCUAACGGACAGCCGAGGUGUGCUUGCCUCUUCGACUGCGCUGCAGCAGCAGCGGCUGCUGCGUCAUCAACUCCAGUUUGCGCGUCCGAUUUGAGGCUUUAUCCCACGUUGUGCCAUAUGAAGUUGGAAGCCUGUCGCAGGCAAGAAGAUCUGAGACUGAGACCGCUCGCAUUGUGUAGAGGUCUAGAGUUUCGACCGUGCGGAGACGACGAGCCGUUGACGGACAACGGAGGCAGGCCUAUAGACUGUGGAGGUGGUCCACACCGAAAAGACUGUCCGACUGGUAGCUACUGUCAUCAUACCGCUAAGGCUGCUCGAUGCUGUAGGAAAGACAAAGCAGUAAUCGAGAAGAAAGGCUGCCAGGAGUCUUGGCAUGGUUGUUGCGCCGACGGUGUCACUCCUGCCAGAGGCCCUGGUGGAGCAGGUUGUCCGGCUGUGUGCGGUUGUCACCGAUUAGGCUCCGUGACUGAGCAAUGUGAUGAAUCCGGGCAAUGUACGUGCCGGCCCGGGGUGGGAGGACUGAAGUGUGAUCGAUGCGAGCCUGGUUACUGGGGCCUGCCGAGAAUCGGGAUUGGACACACUGGCUGUAUACCAUGCGGUUGCUCAGCGUUUGGUUCGGUCCGAGAAGAUUGUGAGCAGAUGACAGGACGUUGUGUGUGCAAGCCAGGCAUACAAGGCCAGAAGUGCACCGUGUGCUCCAACCACGAACAUACCCUUGGACCUAACGGAUGCUUCGACCCGGAAUCAACUCAAUUACCAGCGACUAACUGCGAACACAUGACUUGCUACUUCGGAGCUCACUGCGUCAUUCGCAGCGGACUGGCAACCUGUGAAUGUGCCACGACAGAGUGUUCUCCGAUUGAUGAACCAUCAGUGUGCGAAAAAGUCUACACUCAUUCUAGUAGCAAAAAUGCCUAUCAGAGGAAUUGUCUCAAGUUUAAUAAAUCUAGAAGUCAUAAAUUGAUUGAAGAGAUAGAAGAAGAGUUUGAUUCAACUGAAGUAGAAGAUUAUUCAAUGUACGAGGAAUACGUAGAAGAAACUAGUAGUGGGCCUUAUGAGGUACCACUGUUCGACGGCCAAGCGGGAAUAACGGCACGUGCUAGAGUUCCAGCUAAACGCUUCGAUAUUUGGGCAGAGGUGUCUGCUGUGUGCGGCGAAGGCGCCUUAGUAAGUGCUGCCGGGACCAGGGACCACAUGUGGCUUGGUUUUGUCGACCACAGAGCUGUAUUGCGUUGGGAUGCAGGUAGUGGGCCCACAGAACUACAUACUGGCAAGGCUAAACUUGAUGGUAAAUCCAAAGUAUCAGCCAGAAGGUAUAAGAAGGACGCAAUGUUAAAGCUUGGAUCAUCAAUGGCACGAGGUUCGUCACAGGGACGCAUGAAUUCACUGAAUGUCGAUCCCUACAUCUAUGUGGGUCAUCCACCGGAGAAUGUUACAAAAUUGUCUGGAGCGUCAGGAAUUUAUGGUUUCGUGGGUUGUGUCCAUCGACUGCGCGUGAGCGGCAGGGAUAUAAUACCUCCAUCGCGGGGAAUGGUGAUUACUUCUUCAGGUCUAAAAUCUUGUACACCACACAAUUUGGCUAGAUUGGUAUGCCCAUAA